UGAGCCCGGUAUGUUUAGUAUUGGAAAGCGCGUGCAGAGUUCACCGCGCAGCUCCAUGUAUUUUUGUCCGGGGCGCUGACUCGGGGAGAAAUGAUGGCUCCCGAUCAGACGUAGCGACCCUGUCGCCAUAGUGGCACGUGCGGUAACUGCUGUGGGGGGAGGGAGCACUCCCAAAAAACAACAUGGCGGAAUCCAGGAGCGAGUCGGAGCCGCUGUUUCAACACAUAGAGAGGACGGGCAGGGCCGCCUGGACCACGGGCCGACCCAACGUGUUCUUCUACACCAUCCAGGGCGCUUACGACAGCAAAUCGCUCGACAUCGAGGGAUUGAAGAGGAGAUGGGGAGGGAAGGUACCGCGGAGCAACCCCAUCUUUUUGAACGUCGGCGACAAAUCGUAUCUCAGGGACUCCAUCUCUACCACACAUGGCAGACAGCCGGAUAGGGGGAGGGAGAGCACACAGGGAUCCCCCUCUAGAAAAUUCCUCAGGGCUUCCGCGGCCGUCUUCACCACUGUGGAGAAUCCUUCAGGUUCCAGCACGGUCACCGACGUAGCCAAUGGAGAAAACGUGGCGUCUCUCCUGGGCUCCAACCCCUCCGAGUCUCCUCGCAAGAAACUCGUGAAGACGUCGCAAGCCGUUUUUACCACGGUAGGGCAGAGGCCCGUCUCGUCCGCCACGGAGGAGUCGACCACGUCAGGCCGAGGCUCUACAGUUUACUCGUCGACGUCCUCCUUAUUUCGAACCGUCAGGGACAGUUCUGCCGUUUCUGACACGGAAUCUACAGGAUCGGGAGCUGACGGCGGCGCGACCAUUGCCAGUAUAGGUAGACCCCAUCCCAGCUCGUCCCCAAAGAGGAGCCACUUCCAAACCUCUCAGGCAGUCUUCAGGAACGUCGGUGGAGACAAGUCUUCCGAAGGUUCCGACACAGAUGUCGUCACUCACAGUUCUACAACGUCUCUCUUUACUAACGUCGGAGAUAAGUCAGAUUUAAACCUCUCCGACAGCGGGUCGAUCACCUCUCCAGACUCGUUAGAACAGGACGGCACGAUCGGGUUUGAGUCGGAGUCAGGGUUCCCGAGGAAAGUCGCCAGCGACCCGAGACCACUCUUCAGAAAACUUCACGACAGAGACAAGCAAAGGUCGAUUUCUGACGCCUCAACUUCGGACUUUGCAGACGACUCUACAACACUCACAACUCUGGAACAAGAAGAAGAAGAACUCACAGUCUUCGCAGACGACAAGGGCUUCCAUCUCCAUACACAAGUGCCUGAUGAGCAAGUUGAAGAAGAAACACAACUCUAUGAAGAGGCCUGUGGUGCUGAUCCCGGAGGGUUGACGGAGUGCGAAGGAGAAGACGUUACCGACGGACGGUGCAGAGUACCCUGGACGGCGACCAACAGGAUCCACAUCAAGGGUGGACGGGUGGUGAACGAUGACCAGUCUGUGGAGGCGGACGUCUACAUAGAGGAGGGCGUGGUCAAGGGAGUCGGGAAGGACAUCCUGGUGCCCGGCGGCGCCCGGAUCAUCGACGCCCGAGGGAAGCUGGUCCUGCCGGGUGGGAUCGAUCCCAACACGCACUUCGAGAUAGAGAGCCAUGGCGUCACCUCCGUGGACGACUUCUACAAAGGCACUAAAGCGGCACUGGUGGGCGGUACCACCCUCACAAUUGACUGUGUCCUGCCUGAGAAGGACGAGAGUCUCGCGGAAUCUUACGAGAAGUGGAGACAGAAGGCUGACGGGAAGGUGGUGUCGGAUUACAGCCUGCACGUGGCCGUCACGUGGUGGGGGGAGAAGGUCAAGGACGACAUGGCACUGCUGGCCAAGGAGAAAGGUGUGAACUCUUUCCUCGUCUUCCUCGCCUACAAAGACAAGUACCAGCUGACAGAUAGUGAGCUGUACGAGUUCUUCACGCACUGCCGGGAGCUGGGUGUUCUUGCCAUGGUCCAUGCCGAGAACGGAGACCUGGUAGCCGAGAUGACGAAGAAGAUGCUUGGGAUGGGGAUCAGAGGACCGGAGGGUCACGUGCUCAGCAGACCUGAGGAGCUCGAAUCGGAGGCUGCACAACGUGCCAUCGCAAUCGCCAACCGGGUGAACUGUCCUAUCUACAUCACCCGCGUCAUGAGCACGAGCGCGGGUGACGUCAUCGCGGCUGCCAGAAAACGCGGGAACGUGGUGUACGGGGAGCCCACGGCGGCCGGGCUGGGGACGGACGGGUCGCACUGCUGGGACAAGAACUGGAAGGUCGCCGCAGCUCACGUGACCGACCCGCCUCUCCGACCGGACCCCUCCACACCGGACCACCUCAUGGACCUGCUGGCAAAUGGUGACCUCCAGACAGUGGGGUCAGACAACCGCACCUUCACCACCUCCCAAAAGGCUGUCGGGAAGGACGACUUCAGUAAGAUCCCGUGCGGAGUGAACGGGGUAGAGGACAGAAUGUCGGUCGUCUGGGAACGGGGUGUGGUUUCUGGAAAGAUGGAUGAGAACCGGUUUGUGGCAGUUACCAGCACCAACGCUGCCAAGAUCUUUAACAUGUACCCAAAGAAGGGCAGAAUUGCUGAGGGCUCUGAUGCUGAUGUCAUCAUCUGGGACCCAGAAGCAACCAGAACCAUCUCAGUUAGAACACAUCAUCAGGCGGUUGAUUUUAACGUGUUUGAGGGUCUGACGUGCCACGGCGUACCACUCUAUACUAUCUGUCAAGGGAAAGUCGUCUGUGAAGACAGUGGUAGUGUGGUACACGUGACACAGGGUGCAGGCAGCUGGGUGCCGCGGGACCGGCGCUGUGAUCACGUCUUCAAACGCAUCCACGCUCGUGAGAAGCUCCGAGUUCCGAAGCCCGUGGAGCGAGAGCCGUACGACGGUUCUGUGGCAAAGGCUGAGCCUGAGGAGCCUCUGAAGGUCGCGCAGCCCUCCAAACCCAGCAUGGAGGACGUCACCACCAGCACCGGCGUGCGAGACCUGCACAAGUCAGGAUUCACACUCGCAGAACGCGGGAUCAGAGAUCUCCGCAAGUCUGGAUUCAGCCUGUCAGGUGAGCAGGUGGAUGACAACGUGCCACGCCGAACAGGUCAGCGCAUCACCAAACCACCAGGGGGCAGCUCCAGCAUUAUCUUCUAAACUCUCCAAGUGUCCAGCCUCUUGUCAACAGAGCUUGAAAAAAGCAGUGUCCCUCUUCCCCCUAUCUUGGUGCAAAUGGUAUAUAGUCUGCACUCCACUCAGAAUAUGCCAAUUUGUUGCAGUGAUGGAAAAUUUCUCAAAAGGUUCAAGAAAGGGUUAAGUGGAAUGAUAAGCAUAUUACUUACUGUACUUCACUACAUACUACCUUCUUGAUACAAAGGAAUAACAAAAAACAGUACGAAAACGGUUUCAAAACAUUUUGCAAAAAAAGGGCAGCAUUGUUAAUGAAAUUUUAUGACAAUUUACCAUCUUGCACAUUUUUCAUCUACAAACUAAUAAUACACUAAGUCUUUGAAAUUCUGGAUGAGCUGAAAUGCUAGCAUCUGUCUGCAGUUGUGCGGUGCCUAAUGUUACAACAGUCCUGUACUGUGCCACAAUCACAGCGGACUAUAGUGCAGUGUAACCAACAAUGUAAUGUUAAUGAUAUUGUUAUCCGAUAUAAUAGGAUGUUUUCUUGUAUAGCAAAGAAACAGGCAAUGUGUUGACAGCUUAAUAAAGCCAUGGGGCUAGUCGUUAAUACACAUGGAGAGGAUGGGUCUUAAGAAAUAUUUCUUGCAGCCAAAACUUUCACUUCCUUUCAUUUCCUUCUAAAGAGGGACAGCAGGAUCUUUUUUUUUCUGAAUAUGUUCAAUUUUGGUGUACUUUUUUUGACAAAAAAAGGUCAGAACUGUUCUUUUAUAAUUGUUGGUUGAUCCCAACGAAGCCAUAGUUUUGGUUUGCAUCUUUUAACUAAACCUUCCAUGAGUUUAAUGACAUGUCCUCGCAACCAAGACAGUUGUUGAUAAUUGGUAAGAUGGUGCCAUUAUUUUCUUUACUGAACAUUGUACCAGGCGUACAUUGCCAUAAAUCUGUUCAACCAAAGUUUGUUAUGAUUUGUGUUAAUCCAUAAUAAUCAAAUGAAGAUGUUGACUGUCUUCCUCUCAGCCAAUCAGAGUACAAUGACAGAUGAAUCACACAUUUUGAUUGGUUGGUUGUGGACUUGUGAUGCCAAAAUCUGUCUGCUCAUUGGUAGAAGUGCAACACAGUGUAGGUACCUGUUGUCUUGUUGCUGAGUGAGUUUUACAAAAUAUCUAACUUUUUGGAAGGAAGGAAGACUAAGGUAGAGUUAAAUGCAUGUUACUGUUGAGUUGCAACAGACAAAAGAGUAGUAAGAGACAAUUUAACGUGAAGAUAAAGCUACUGUGAAGCGCUUGGUCAACGUAUUAAAGCCAGCUAAUUAAACGCUAA